GUUGGGGACUGUCCUGGCCAAACUGCUGUGAAACCAUGGCAAAGUGUUGGAGUCCCACCUCUUUAAUGGCACUAGCACUGCUAGGGUACUUAGUUGGGCCAGAGGUAGAAGCUCAAGAGUCAACAUGGCAGAAGCCUGCAUUGCACCAGAUGUCAAAGGGCCCUCCACCUCUUCAGGCACAGCAGGACCCUCAACCUCAAGCAAAGGUUACUCAAUAUCCUCAAAAUCGUCAGAGCCCACAGGUCCAACUUCCCUCACCUGGAAUUCAAUAUCCUCAAAAUCGUCAGAGCCCACAGGUCCAACUUCCCUCACCUGGAAUUCAAUAUCCUCAAAAUCGUCAGAGCCCACAGGUCCAACACCCCUCACCUGGAAUUCAAUAUCCUCAAAAUCAGCAAAACCCACAGAUCCAACCUUGGAAUGAUCAAUUCUCACAGGACCCUCAAACUUCACCACCAAUGUCUAAAUAUCCUCAAAAUCGUCAAAACCCACAGGUCCAACUCCCCUCACCAAAGAAGACUCCUGGAAUUCAAUAUCCUCAAAAUCGUCAGAGCCCACAGGUCCAAAACCCUUCACCUGGAAUUCAAUAUCCUCAAAAUCAGCAAAACCCACAGAUCCAACCUUGGAAUGAUCAAUUCUCACAGGACCCUCAAACUUCACCACCAAUGUCUAAAUAUCCUCAAAAUCGUCAAAACCCACAGGUCCAACUCCCCUCAACAAAGAAGACUCCUGGAAUUCAAUAUCCUCAAAAUCGUCAGAGCCCACAGGUCCAAAACCCCUCACCUGGAAUUCAAUAUCCUCAAAAUCAGCAAAACCCACAGAUCCAACGUUGGAAUGAUCAAUUCUCACAGGACCCUCAAACUUCACCACCAAUGUCUAAAUAUCCUCAAAAUCGUCAAAACCCACAGGUCCAACUCCCCUCAACAAAGAAGACUCCUGGAAUUCAAUAUCCUCAAAAUCGUCAAAGCCCACAGGUCCAACACCCCUCACCACCAAAGACUCCUGGAAUUCAAUAUCCUCAAAAUCAGCAAAACCCACAGAUCCAACGUUGGAAUGAUCAAUUCUCACAGGACCCUCAAACUUCACCAACAAUCUCUAAAUAUCCUCAAAAUCGUCAAAACCCACAGGUCCAACUCCCCUCAACAAAGAAGACUCCUGGAAUUCAAUAUCCUCAAAAUCGUCAAAACCCACAGGUCCAACUCCCCUCAACAAAGAAGACUCCUGGAUUUCAAUAUCCUCAAAAUCGUCAAAACCCACAGUUUUCUGGAGCUCCUCGAGCAUUUGCCACUUUUCAGUCUUCUCAAAACCCACAGGACCCUCAAACACCACAACUACAAAAACCAGAGAAAACUGAUCAUCCAUGGACACCACAGAACCCACAGAAAGCAGACAGACCGAGUCAAACCAGUGAGCCUAUGCGACCUCAGAGCUGUGAUGUCGAACGUGGCCAGAGAGUUCCAUGUGGACCUUCUGAUAUCUCUUCUAAUGAUUGUCAAAGCAUCCAAUGUUGCUUUGAUGGCCAACAGUGCUACUAUGGAAAAAUGGUCACUGUCCAAUGCACCAAGGAUGCCCAGUUCAUUGUGGUAGUGGCCAGAGAUGCCACUCUGCCCAACCUGGACCUUGAGUCAAUCUCACUGUUGGGAGAAGGUCAAGGCUGUACUCAUGUUGCCUCUAAUUCAGAGUUUGCCAUUUACCAGUUUCCUGUUACUGCCUGUGGCACCACUGUUACGGAGGCGCAUGACACUAUAUACUAUGAGAAUAGGAUGUCCUCCUCAUAUGAAGUGGGAGUGGGGCCUCUUGGAGCCAUUACAAGGGACAGCCACUUUGAAUUGAUCGUCAGAUGUGGCUACCAUGGCUUUGCUUUUGAAAGUGUGAAUGCACAGGUAUUACAGGUAUCGACUGUGCCAGCAGUUGCUGCUCUGGGACCCAUCUCAGUGCAGCUGAGGUUGGCCAAUGGACAGUGCCAGACAAAGGGUUGUAAUGAAGCGGAUGUGGCCUAUAACUCUUUCUUUAUGGAGGCUGACUAUCCUGUGGUCAAAGUACUAAGGAGAUCUGUGUUCGUGGAGGUUCAACUCAUGGAUAAGACAGAUCCCUUGCUCGUCCUGACUCUUGGUCGCUGUUGGACAACCGCAAGCCCUAACCCUCACAGUACGCCCCAAUGGGACCUUCUGAUAGAUGGGUGUCCAUACACGAAUGAUCGCUACAUGUCCUCACUGAUUCCAGUUGAUUCCUCAUCUGGCGUGCCAUUCCCAAAUCACUACAGGCGUUUCCUUUUCAAAAUGUUUACCUUCGUGGAUAUGAGCACAGGAGCUCCGAUGAAGGAGCUGGUGUACAUUCACUGCAGCACAGCUGUGUUCCCCGCUGUACCUGGACGCUCCACUGAGCCAUCAUGCUCCAGGAAAGCGAGAGAUGUUGGAGCUGUGGACCAGAGGAGGGAAGAGCCACAGGUUGAGCCGAAGGUUGUGGUCUCUGUUGGACCUGUGGUAAUAACUGCUGCUGAGGAGGAGUAAGCAGUACAGAGUUUCAAGUUCAAGAUUUGAGCUUAAAAAUUGUAGUAAAGCAUUUGGAACAUGAAUUUAAUUUGUAUGUGGUGUGAAAUGAAAAUUACAUGUAAGUAAAUAAAAUAUUUGCAAAAACUAGCAAAGACCAAAAA